CUCCCAGCGCCGCCGUCUGUUCUGCUGCUGAUCAGCUCCGCGGAGUGCAACCAGUGAACGGGCCCAGCUUCGAUUCGCCGGUUCCCUGCAUCCUCGAUGGAGGCCCAAGGUGCCUGGAUCCUGGAGGAGGCCGAGGACCUCGGCACGCUGCUGGACUUCCUGGAGGAGCCCGAGAGCAGCUUCGGCAUGGAGGACUCCUGGACUCUGGUUGAGUCAGAAACUGCCGGCCUGCUGGACGAGUCACUGCCGCCGUCUUGUGUCCUGGAGGAGCCCGCCAGCUUCGGCAUGGAGGCCAAGGACUGCUGGACCGUGGAGGAGGACUACACCACCUGCAAGCUGCUGGAGUACGAGGACGGCCCGGCGCUGGCUGGAUCCUGCUUCCUCGAGACUGACGAGCAGGACCAGCAGGACUUCAUGGAGGCUGACAGUGGCUUCCAGUCUGGCUGCAGCUCCAUUAGCCACUCUCGGAAGACUAGUGAGUCUAAUGGAUUGGAGUCCGAGUGGGCUCCCAAUGAUGUCAUUUUCUCUACGCCAUCCGUCUCCUAUCCGUCCUAUGGCAUCAAUCCGUGCUUCAACAUAUGGAGUCCUUCAUCUGACGAUGAACCUCUAAUGGUGGCACUCUCCACCCGCACCAGCUCAUCUGUAACUCACUGGGAAUCGGAUUCCUAUGAGUGGGGCGAUUUUCAGAACUGGAAUGCAGUCCCAUCACCUGCUGAAGCGGCCGUCUUGCUUGAGUUGCAGAAGAAAGAGGAGGAGGUCAUACACGCCAGGGCUGCGGCAAAAAGGAGUCUAAAGAAGGCAAAGUUCUUUGCCAAAAUUAAUGCCAAGGUUUUUGCCCGUAAGGAUAGAAUUAGAUCUCGUCUUUGA